GUUUACUUAUAAUCUGUGGAACUGGCAACCCGGCGGCCUUCAGACUGCGCUGGUUUACUUAUAAUCUGUUGAACUGGCAACCCGGCGGCCUUCAGACUGCGCUGGUUUACUUAUAUUCUGUGGAACUGGCAACCCGGCGGCCCUCACGCGGCGGACCUGCAUCCUGGCACUUUACCUUCAUCCUGGUAACUCAAGUCCCCGGACCAAAAACAGGAAGAUGAGUUCAGCAGCAGAGGACGAGGACGCUGCAGCGUUAGCAAACGUGGAGUCGGUCACGCUGACCACGGACGGUGAUGGAAGCAUCAUCCUGCACUGUCCUUCGCACGACGACCACUCGGCGCCGCUUCAUAAGAAACUCCGCCUCUCUACUGAAGAGCACGAAGACUCGGACACGCCUCAGUUCUCCGUGGUCACCUUACCGAGUGAGAGCCGCGUUCAGACGUUCAAUUAACUCAGCGUCACGUGACAAACGUGGCCACACCUACAUGUCACCGACAGCCAAUGUGUCAGAGAGCGAUGAAGGGUUCGAGGUAACCAUGACGGCUACAGCCGAUGGCGAGUUCUCUGAGGAGGGCGUCGCUCAGAUUCAGAUUCUUCAGGAGGACGAGGACUCUCUCUCGCCCAAUCAGAAGUCAGACGUGUCACCUGUCAGUCAGGCCUGGUUCACCACCAAAGAAGACAAAGACACACUGACCAACAAAGGUCAUAAGUGGAAGCAGGGCAUGUGGUCCAAAGAGGAGAUUGACGUCCUGAUGAGCAACAUAGAAAGAUACGUGAAGGGCAGAGGCAUUGACGACCCUGCAGAGAUUAUUUUUGAGAUGUCCAAAGAAGAGAGGAAAGAUUUUUACCGCUCUGUGGCUUUGGGCUUAAACCGGCCGCUGUUUGCCGUCUACAGACGAGUUCUACGAAUGUACGACAACAGAAACCAUGUUGGAAAGUACACUCCUGAUGAGAUAGAGAAGCUCAAAGCGUUGAGGGAGAAACACGGGAACGACUGGGCCACUAUCGGCGCCGCUCUGGGUCGCAGCGCCUCUUCUGUCAAAGACCGCUGCCGACUGAUGAAGGACACGUGUAACACAGGUAAAUGGAGCGAGGAGGAGGAGAGGCGUCUGGCCGAGGUCGUGUAUGAGAUGGCGGGCGUAACACCAGGGUCAGCUGUCACAGGAGGCGUUUCCUGGGCGACGGUGGCUGAUCAGGUCCGCACGCGCUCAGAGAAACAGUGUCGGUCCAAAUGGUUGAACUACCUCAACUGGAAACACAGCGGAGGGACGGAGUGGAUUAAAGAGGACGACCUCAACCUCAUACGCAGGAUCGCAGAGCUGGAGGUCGAGGACGAGAAUGAAAUAAAGUGGGAGGACCUCGCAGGCGGGUGGAGCAGCGUCCGAUCGCCUCAGUGGCUGCGGUCGAAGUGGUGGAGCAUCAAGAGACAAGUAGCCAAUCACAAGGAGAUCCCCUUCAGCGUCCUCCUGAAGGGGCUCCAGGAGCUCAUGGCGUCCUCACAGACCUCACCCGGACCAGGAAGUCCCUCCCCUCCCUCCUCCCUCCAGAUCAGACUCACGCGGUUGGAGGAGAGCGGAGGCAGUAGCCCCGCCCCCAACUCUGUAGCAGCGCUACAGAUCCCCGUACAAAUCCCGCUGCAGAUCACGCACCUGGCCUCCGACUCGUCUGCAGCAACGAGUGACAGUGACACCAUCACGCUGAACGCCGGCGCUCUGCAGACCUUUGAGAUUCUUCCUUCGUUCCACCUGCAGCCCACCGGCACUCCGGGCACCUACUACCUCCAGACCUCGUCCAAUCAGGGCCUGCCGCUCAGCCUCUCCACGGGUCAGGGGCUUCCUCUCAGCUUAGCCAAUAACGGCACGGUUACCCUGACGACGGGCUCCUCCCCCUCAUCCCACGAGCACAUCAUCCUGCACAGUCUGUCGACCGACGGCCUCUGCUCCGGAGACGGCGUCAUCAUCCAGACCGUCACUUCUGACCCCGCCUCCUCAGACACCCUCAGUCAAUCACACAUGGUUGUAGAGACAGAGGGGCGGAGCCAGGACGACCAACUCGAUGCUACAAGCCUCCUGGAGGGAUCAGAGAGCGUCGCCAUGGAAACACAGGAGCCAAUGACAGAUGGCUUCACGGAGAAGGAGCUGAGUUCCCCGUCUGUUGACGCUCCAGUGGUGCAUUCUGGGAUAACGUCUGGCAGCACUGUGUUGAUUGUGUCGCCUCCAAACAUCAGCAGCACUCUGACAGAUCCGAUCUUGGAGAACCAGGACGGCUCCGACUGAGCUCAACCACACGAGGAGGCUACUUCCUGCAUGUGUUCUUCUUCUGUGGUGGAGACUUCUUCUGCACAUCUUUAAAAAAUUGGACUUCAAAUUGAAGUUUGAAUCUGUUUCAAGCUUCCCUCUGAACCCUGGAUGAUCGUCAUCCCUUUAAUGUAAUUAAAGCUAACGUGUGUAAAUAUUUCUGUGUUGAUAUGAAAUGAUGAAGAAGAGCGACGCUUUGUCUAAAUAAAUAUUCUCCUUUCAUGAA